UUCGCGCAUGAACGACCUCCGUGACGCGUGCAUAUGUCCGCUCGCUGUCGUGUCGCGGUGUUGCAUUAGGCCUUCCUUUCAUUAAGGAGCCAAGGCAAGAUUGAGUCAUGAGUAGCAACAGCAGUAAGACGAAGAAUCCGAGCAAGGCUAAAAGUCGGCCGUCAGCCACUGUACGCCGGAACUCACCAGCAAGCAGUCGCCCAAGCAGCAGGCCUGGCGGAAGUCGAGGGGGAAAUGGCAGCAGGUCAGGAACUCCCAAACCAAAGGGGGGUGGCAGCGGCCGGUCAACGCCCAGCAGCAACCGGCCAGCGGGAUCUACGGCCAAAGUGAACCCAGCCACACAACGGAAGGAGGACCCACUACCAGAGCUGGAGAAUCACUUCAUACUCCGUAUGCCUGAGCAUGCAGUUGGUGACAUGAGGAAGAUUAUUAACACUGGCAGUCAAAUUCUGAAGGACAAACUUGCCAUUGAAAUGAUGGGUGACAUGCGCCAUGGAACAGUCAAGUUUAACGAUGAAGUGUAUUCAGCCAAACUCAUGGACUUGCCCAGCAUCAUGGAAUCUCACAAGACCAUUGACAAGAAAACCUUCUGGAAAACGGCAGACAUUUGUCAGAUGCUCGUAUGCAGCACCGAGGAGCAAGCCAUAGAGACAGAAAUGAAAGAGAAAGAACUGGAAGAGAAAGGAUUGAAGAGGCCGGAUCGGGUUGAUAAGAAAUUCAUGUACAACCAUGGAAUCACGCCCCCGCUGAAGAAUGUUCGAAAGAGAAGAUUCAGAAAGACAGCCAAGAAAAAGUAUAUUGAGGCUCCUGAUGUGGAGGAAGAGGUCAAAAGGUUACUGCGCAUGGACAGCACAGCCAUCAAGAUUCGAUGGGAGGUGCUAGCAGAGGAAGACAUCAAAGAUGAGAAUCGUAAUGAAAAUAUGCCGGGUGUAUCUCAUGGCUCGGCCGAGGGAGAUGACUUAACCCGCAUCUUUGGUGACGUGAGCAGCUCGGAGGACGAAGACGAGGACAUCAACAUCUUAGACAUGGACGAGGACACCAGGGACUCGGGGAUGAUGGGGGAGGAGCCGGUGGAGAUGGAGGAGGAGGUGGAAGAUGAGUUGGAGGAUGAAGAUUCCAAGAUGGGCAUGGAGGAGAGUGAACAGCCAAAUGAGUUUGUGAAUCGAUUGGAUGAGUUGCGCAAGGAGUUGUCCGAGUUGGAGGAGAAACAGCGAGCCUUGGAGGAAUCCAUCAGCACAGUGGAUAACAUGCUACUCAAGGAUCGAUUCCAGUCUCAGCUGAACAGUGUUCUGGAAGAUAUCAAGAUCAGACAGAAAGAGGUGGAAACACUAGAAGUUCUGAUUGGUGACGGCUGAUGCAUCGUUAUUGGUGUCAUGGACUGUCCAAAACACACCUUGCACACCUCCAUUGGAAUCCAAGGUCCUGCAUGUGCUUCAUACCUUGAUGGGAUGCUGAAAGCAACUUGUUUAUUGCGUUCAGAACGAGUCAAGUUAGCAUUGUGAGGAAGUGGGCGGGUUUUCAAUGUCUUACAACACACCUGUGACACAAGUCGUCCCACUAAACACACGGGUCAUUUUGUCCUUAUUGACACAUUUAAAAUGGCCAACAAUCCUGCUGAUUUUUAAGUCCUGUUGAAGAAAUCUGCUCCAAAAUUGGGGAAAAUGAAAGGAAAAUCAUACAGAAAGCAGUUGAGGAUUUGAAUCUAACUUGCUAGAGUCCUCUUUACUCCCAUCAGUUUUGUGCAUCCGAAAAAAUUCUCACUGCUCUUUGCAAACUCUUAAAAACUUGAGAAUAUUAGGUACAGUGAGAGUCAAGAAACUACCGCAGUCGCCCAACACGAUUCAGGCUUUUCAAGGAGACAUACACCGUUCUCUAACAGUCGUGGAAAAGGCAUCAUUAAAAAUUACUCCUUUACGGAAUUAUACAUACACGUAUGCUGUACAGUUGUAUACUGCUUACAGAAAGUUGUAUUAAACUGUCAUGACACUGCAUGGUU